GGAAGUUUCUGCUCGUGAUUUUCAAACUCGGAAGGAAGCAAACGAGAAAACGAAUGACAUCGCCACACUCAAAGGAACUCCGCCUCGUCGUCGUCGCCAUCACCACUCUAUUCGGAUCCUUUCCUUCUCUCUCAAGAACCCUCUCUCCCUCUCUCCAUCUCGUCAUUCGAUCACUUGAACCAGAAGAUGCAAGCCCAGCUCGAAUUGGGCCCCGUUCGGGGCAUCGAUGGGUGAAUUCUUGGUGUAAAGAUCGAGGAUUUGGAGCCGGUUCGGUUGGUUCUUUGGUUGGUCUUGUACCCUUUUGGGUUCUUGUUCUUGGGUCGCUGGCUUUUCUGGGCACCUUGUUGUUCCUGGAAUGUGGGGACGCGCCGCGGGCGAUCGAAAUUGAUCGGCUUCGUUUGUUGAAUUGAGUCUUUCGGAGGCGUGCGCGGAGUUUUGAAGCUGGUUUGUGAUUGUGAGGCGACAUGCGAAGGAUUUUUCUGUAGGUUUUUGGACGAUUUUUGGUGGGUGUGGGUGGUUGUUGAUUUUGGGGAGAGAUUGGCUUUUUUUUUUUUUUUUUUUUUUUUGGGUUUUUUGGGCUGUCUAUGAGAUGUCUGGUGGGACGCCAGUUGGUGGUGGAUUCGUGAGGCAGAGGCAUAGCCAGGGCUACUCCUCCGGCGGCGACGACCUCGAGGACGACGCCUGCUCGAGGCCAACGACGCCAGGAUCGGCGCCGGUUCCACGGGGCCGGACGUGGGUCGAGGUGGUGGAGAACGUCCUUUGGAUUGCCUCGGCGAUAUUCAUUGUGUACUUUGGGGAUUGGCAUUCCAAUCUCAUUUACCUCUUGUGGCACGACGGCAGAAUCAGAAGAGUGCCAUUGUACCUCGGGAUGUUCGCUGUUGGUUUGAAUUUACUAAUUUUCCUUUAUACAAGCAUGAUGGCGUGGAGAAUCAAGAGAUUUGAUGAAAAGUGGGAGCUAGCUGGCAUAGCAGCGUUGCCAUAUGUCACCCUACUUGGGCUUGUCGCAUUUUGCUUGCUGUCUUUUGCUUUAUGGCCUGUUUGGAGUUUCUUGACCCUUCCUCUUCUGUUUACCCUUUUUAUGGCUUGCAUGGUGGUUUUGCCGAAUCUUAUGAUUGGGAUGUGCAGACCACAAAAUGGCGAAUUCAGAAUAGAUUAGACAACCUUGAUUGGAUGAAAAAUUGGCUACAGAUGAAGAUUCCAACUUAAAUUUGAAUUGGCAGCACAGUUUGCUAUUGCUCGAACCGAUUCUCCUGGUUCAGUGCAUUUGAAUGCCACAUUUUGGGCAAGAGUUCCUGGAGACAAAUGCUGGUUCCCACUUCAGUCAGCUCGAGCCAUUCCUCAGCUAGUCCUGCCUGAUACACCGCCCUUGGCGCACCACCACUUUCUUGUAUUUACCCAUUCGAGCACAUCAUUAUAGGAAAUUCUUUUGGUGCAGUUGUCACACCAGUGAGAUCAUUUCGGCAAAUAUUCAUGUUUGCAGUUCUUUGAUUGAUCUGUUACUGCAUUUCACCAUCUGAUGUGGCCUCCUCUGGCUGGGAUGUGCGAAGAAAUGUCUGUGCUUACUAUUUAGUGAUCUUUUUGUCGUCCCCGCAUGAGAGCAGCAGCGGCCAGAUCAACAGCUUGCUGAAGUCAUUAGUAUUCAGAUGAACGGUGAAUGAACAGCAGUAGCAGCUGAAUCAGAUAUCUGCUUUACUCAA